UCUGCCUCUGAAGGAGACUGCCCCCAGGAGGAGUCAGGGCAGCAGGAGACCAGAGAGCUUCACAGCUUAGUUACUUUGGUUUUCUAAAAAAAGGAUCCUUAAACAUUCUGUCUCCUAGCAAUCAGAAGAGGAGUAAGAAAGCAAACGCUUAAAGGACCUAUUUCAAGGUUCUGAUAUAAAAAGAGGAAGUUUUCAGGAAAAUGCUGAUUUUCAACAACCGCAUCAUCGGGCAGAUUGCGCAAGGACCAAAUCUGUCCUGCCUGCAUCUCGACUUCCUCAUAGCUGUUUUCUGGGCGUGACUUGCAAACUCUCAAGAAAACACACCUAAUCGAAGAGUUCCAAGUCGGAGAGCCACAUGAAGGCUUACUUCAAGUUCUUAAUAUAAAAGAAUCGAAGUUUUCAGAACAGGUCUGGAAUAAACUCGAUGCUUUGAAAUGAGUGAACAAAUAACUCUACCUAAAAUGAUCAAAGAUUGGACCAAAGAGCAUGUGAAGAAAUGGGUAACUGAAGACCUUAAGGUUGAUGAGAAAUAUGGGCAGAUUCUGUACAGAGAAGAAGUGUCAGGAUUAGUUCUGCAGGAAUUAACUGAGAAGGACCUUAUAGACAUGGGGCUACCACGGGGUCCAGCACUUUUGAUAAAACGCAUGUAUAGCAAAUUGAAUAAUACUUCCCCUGAAAGUGACAAUCAGGAUUCUGGACAGUUAGAUUAUACAAAACCUUCCAUAAAAGAACACAAAAAAGUCCCAAAACAGACAAAAAAGGAAGAGGAAAAAUCAAUAUCAUCCAAUAUGAAUUAUGAUCUUGGAGAGAAUGGUGAUAACAAAGAGCAAGAAUCAACUCUUAUGAAGGAAGAUGCAUUAACUGAAGUAGUAAAUACUAAAGACAAGAAAAAGAAUAAGCUCAAAACUGAGCAGUUGACUUGUAUGCCAUAUCCUUUUGAUCAGUUCCAUGACAGCAAACGUUACAUCGAACAUUAUAUUCUGCAACCUGAAACAGGACCACUCAAUCUCAUUGACCCGAUACAUGAGUUCAAAGCUCUCACAAAUACAGAAACAGCCACAGAAGAGAGUAUUAAGAUGAAAUUUAGCAAUGAAGUCUUCCGAUUUGCAUCGGCUUGUAUGAAUUCACGCACCAAUGGCACUAUCCAUUUUGGAGUUCUGGACAAACCCCAUGGAGAAAUUGUGGGUGUAAAAGUCGCCAAUAAGAAUGUCUUCAUUGAUCACUUCAAUCUAAUGAUCAAAAAGUAUUUUGAAGAAAGUGAGAUCAAUGAAGCUAAGAAGUGUAUUCGGCAGCCAAGGUUUGUGGAAGUCCUACUACAAAACAACAUGCCCUCUGACAGAUGUGUCAUUGAGGUUGAUAUUAUUCCUAAACACUCUGUAUGUAAAAGAAAGUAUUUCUAUAUUAAGAUGCAAAGUUGUCAAAAUGAAACGUGGAAACAAAACCCAAAUCACUCAUUGUUUAUUAGAGAAGGAGCUAGCUCCAAGGAUAUCCUGGCCAAUGUCAAGCAACGGGAUGCAGAGUUCAAAGCCUUUACAGAAAAUUUAAAAGCACUAGUAGCAUCUAGAAAAGAAGCUGAAGAGGAAUAUGCAAUGAAGGCGAGUAAGAAGGAGAGUGAAGGACUGAAGCUGGUUAAACUUCUCAUAGGAAACCGAGACUUACUAGAUAAUUCAUACUACGACUGGUACAUUUUUGUAACAAAUAAAUGCCAUCCAAACCAAAUAAAGCACUUGCAUUUUCUAAAGGAAAUUAAAUUAUUUGCUGUGUUGGAGUUUGAUCCUGAAUCUGGGAUCAAUGGAGUGGUCAAAGCUUACAAAGAAAGCCGAGUGGCAAACCUUCACUUUCCAACUCAGUAUGACGAAAAGGCAACUACCAUGAGGGAGAAGAUUUCCACUCUUAAUCUUUACCAGCAGCCCAGUUGGAUCUUCUGCAAUGGCAGAUCUGACAUGAAAAGUGAGACAUAUAAACCUCUAGAACCACAUUUAUGGCAGAGAGAAAGAGCUUCUGAAGUCAGAAAACUAAUUUUAUUUCUCACAGAUGAAAACAUAAUGGCACGAGGGAAAUUUUUGGUAGUUUUUUUAUUACUCUCUUCGGUGGAAAGUCCAGGAGAUCCAUUCAUGGAGACCUUCUGUGCUUUCUAUCAAGCUCUCAAAGGAAUGGAAAAUAUUCUGUGUAUUUGUGCAAGCUCACAGAUUUAUCAACGAUGGAAGGAUCUACUACAAACAAGACUGACAAUAGCAGAUGAAUUAGCAAACCACAGUAUUUCCACUUUACAUUUAGAGGUGGUGAACAGUACCAUCCUUAAACUAAAAUCAGUGACUCAGUCAUCAACAAGGUUUUUGCCCUCGUAUGGUUCUUCUUCAGUUGUCUUAGAGAAAAAGGUAGAAGAUACCUUGACUGCACUAGAAAUCCUCUGCGAAAAUGAGUGUAAAGACACAGAUGUAGAGAAAGACGAAACUAAAUUUCUAGAAUUCAAGAAAUCAAAAGAAGAACACUUUUAUCGAGGUGGCAAAGUAUCCUGGUGGAACUUCUAUUUUUCUUCUGAAAGCUAUUCUUCAGCUUUUGUGAAAAGGGACAGUUACAAAGACCUGAAAGAUUUAAUACAUUGCUGGGCAGACUCUCCUAAACCAGUAUUUGCAAAAAUCAUCAAUCUUUAUCAUCAUCCAGGCUGUGGGGGUACUACCUUGGCUAUGCAUGUUCUCUGGGACCUACGGGAAAAAUUCAGAUGUGCAGUGUUAAAAAAUAAAGCAACCGAUUUUGCCGAAAUUGGAGAACAAGUGAUCAAUUUGAUCACCUAUAAGGCAAACAGUCACCAAGAUUACAUUCCUGUGCUUCUCCUCGUGGAUGAUUUUGAAGAACAGGAAAAUGUCUACAUUCUACAGAACGCCAUUCAUUUCACUUUGACAGAGAAGGGUUUGCGAUAUGAAAAAACACUGGUAAUCAUCUUAAACUGUAUGAGGUCCCGGAAUCCAGAUGAGAGUGCAAAAUUAGCAGACAGUAUUGCACUAAAAUACCAACUUUCUCCUAAGGAACGAAGAGCUUUUGGGGCCAAACUGGAAGAAAUCGAAAAGCAGCAUAAGAACUGUGAAAACUUUUAUUCCUUCAUGAUCAUGAAAAGUAAUUUUGAUGAAACCUAUAUAGAAAAUGUAGUCAGAAAUAUCCUUAAAGGACAGAAUGUCCACAGCAAAGAAGCACAACUCAUUUCCUUCCUGGCUCUACUCAACACUUAUGUCACAGAUUCCACAAUUUCAGUGUCACAGUGUGAAAUAUUUUUGGGAAUCGUAUAUACCAGUACACCCUGGGAACCUGAAAGCCUAGAAGACAAGAUGGGGACUUACUCAACCCUUCUAAUAAAAACAGAAGUCUCAGAAUAUGGGAGAUACACAGGCGUGCGUAUCAUUCACCCUUUGAUUGCCCUUCACUGUUUAAAAGAACUGGAAAAAAGUUACCACUUGGGUAAAUGUCAAAUAGCAUUGAAGAUGUUACGUGAGAAUUUGUUCUAUGAAUCUGGAAUAGGAAGAGACAAAUUUGAACACGAUGUGCAAACUCUUCUGCUUACAAGACAGCGCAAGGAAUUUGGAGAUGAAACAGACACUUUGUUUUCCCCAUUAAUUGAAGCUUUACAGAACAAAGAAAUUGAAAGUGUCUUGAUUGAAGGGAGUAUUCGAUUCCCACAAAAUGCAUUCAUUUGUCAAGCCUUAGCAAGACAUUUCUACAUUAAAGAGAAGAAUUUUAGCACAGCUCUCGAAUGGGCAAAUCUGGCCAAAAGCAAAGCACCUAAAAACUCCUAUAUUUCAGAUACUCUUGGUCAAGUCUACAAAAGUGAAAUCAAAUGGUGGUUGGAUGAAAACAGAAACUGUAAAGACAUUACUGUUAAAGAUUUGAUACAUUUCUUAGAAGCUGCUGAGAAAGCUUCAAGAGCUUUCAAAGAAUCCCAACAGCAAACUGAUAACAAAGACUAUGAAACAGAGGUCUGGUCACCACAGAAGUCUCAAAGAAGAUAUGACAUGUAUAACACAGCUGGUUUCCUGGGUGAAAUUGAAGUCGGUCUUUACACUAUCCAGAUUCUUCAGUUCACUCCCUUUUUUCACAAGGAAAAUGAAUUAUCUAAAAAGUCUCUGGUACUUUUUUUAUCAAAAAAGGGGAACAUCCCUCCUGAUCCAAAAAAUGAAUAUUAUUUGGCUCUUUGCAGGUUUACAUCCCACCUACAAAAUUUACAAUCAGAUUUGAAAAGGUGCUUUGACUUUUUUGUUGAUUAUAUGGUUCUUCUGAAAACAAGGAAUACCCAAAAAGAAGAAGCAGAAUUCAUCUUAAGCAAAAAAAUCAGUCGUUGCUUCAGGAACUACACAGAACUUUUCUGCCUUUUGGAUUCGGGGCCAUUACAAAGCAAAGAGUGUCAGUUACUUCAGGAAGAGAAUUGCAGGAAAAAGCUAGAAGCUUUGAGAGCAGAUAGGUUUUCUGGACUCCUGGAAUAUCUUAAUCCAAACCACAAAGAUGCCGCAACUCUCAUGGAAAAUAUAGUGAAUGAAUACACCUUCCUAUUGCGGCAUAAAACAAGCAAACGGCUGAUAAAAGAGAAACAGAAUUCCAUUUUGGCCAACAUUAUUCUCAGUUGCCUAAGACCCAACUCCAAGUUUAUUCAACCUCUUCACCUACUCAAAAAACAACUCCGAGAAGUCUUGCAACUUGUAGGACUAAGUCAUCAAUACUCAGACCCUUAUUUCUUGGCCUGUCUCCUGUUCUGGCCAGAAAAUCAAGAACUAGAUCAAGACUCCAGACUAAUGGAAAAGUAUGUUUCCUCUUUAAGUAGAACCUUCAGGGGCCAGUACAGGCGCAUGUGCAGGUCGAAGCAGGCAAGCACACUUUUCUACCUGGGAAAGAGGAAAGGUCUCAACAGUCUUGUUCAUAAGGCUGAAAUAGAGCAAUACUUCAGUAAAAUACAGGAUACAAAUUCCCUCUGGCAGAGUGGAGAUGUGUGGAAAAAAAGAGAAGUCAAAGAUCUCCUGUGUCGUCUGACUGGUCAGGCUGAAGGCAAGCUUAUCUCUGUAGAGUAUGGGACAGAGGAAAAAAUUAAAAUACCAGUGAUAUCUGUCUAUUCAGGUCCACUCAGAAGUGGUCGGAACAUAGAAAGAGUAUCUUUCUACUUAGGAUUUUCCAUUGAAGGCCCUUUGGCAUAUGACAUAGAAGUAAUUUAAGCAAGUAUAUUAAUUUAAAUAUGCUUAUUUGUAUUUCUGUAUGAUAGUAUUCCCUAUGUCUAGUCUCAUGGCAUUUCAAGAUAAUUAUUGGCACACCUUGAACCACAGAUUUGCUUUGAUUUCCCUUUUAAGAACAUGAAACAUCUAUACACAGAGCUGGGCACAAAAUAGGGUUGAACUCUAAUAUUUUCAAUAUCCAUUUUUGCACUAACAUUUAAUUAAGAAAUUUCAGCUGAUAUCCAUUGGUCACACUGUAAGUGAUUAGAGGUCAAUAAAUUUCUAAAACUCAAUUAC